AUGAGCCAAUAUAUUUGGAAUCCAGAAGAUGAGCAUGUUGAUGAAUGCAAUGAUUUUGAUGAUAUGUCUGAUACAGGCAACACAUGUGGUGAUAGUUCUCUCAGCAAUAUGCUAGAGGAAGAGGGUGAUGAAUGUGGUAACCUGGCAGAAUUUGGUGCUUCAACUCUCAAUGUGAAUUACUCAUUCAGUAAUUUCUCAUUUAAGAACCUGUCUCAGCUGGCUUCUAUCAAUUACGACAUGCUUGUAAAGAGUGCUCAAGACUCGAUAGAUAGUUCUACUAAACCAGUAGUACCAUGA